AUGGACAUAAUUGGUAGUUAUGGUAGAGCUUCCGGACAGGAGGUUAAUCUGGAUAAAUCCUCUAUCAUGUUUGGCAAGAAGGUUCCUGCUGAUGUACGAUCCCAGUUGAAAUCCGUUAUUGGUAUUUCCAAGGAAGGCUGCAUGGGUUCCUAUCUGGAUACGAAGGACUGGCAUUUGCCUACUCUAGAGGAGUUCUUUGAUCCAGAGGAUAUCUCUCUUAUCCGGAGUAUGCCGGUCUGUAAAACUUCUCAGCCGGAUAGACUAUUAUGGCAUUUUACUAAAUCAGGGAAGUAUUCGGUCAAAUCAGGUUAUCGGUUGGCCCGAGAAUUACUUGCAGAUGUUGAGUAUGGGCCGACUUGUGUGGCCUUGCGGGCACAGUCUUGGAAGUUGGAUGUUCCCUCGAGGAUUCAACAUUUUUUCUGGCAGAUUGGGUCAGUUACUCUUCCUGUGUUAGAACAACUUGCGUUUUGGGGUGUCCGGUGUGAUGCUUUGUGUAAGGGGUGUGAUGCUUUGUGUAAGAGGUGUGAUGCUGCGGUCGAGACUAUAAAUCAUGCGCUGUUUGGAUGUCCUCGGUCAAGACGUACUUGGGAGAUGUCUCCAGUGGCUCUAGAUCAGGGAGGUUUUCCAUAUGACUCGAUCUAUGCGCAUUUAGAUUUCAUAUUCUGGCGGGCUUCUUCACAAUCUGAGGUUCCAGAUCUAGCCAUUCGUCUUCCCUGGAUUAUAUGGUCGAUUUGGAAAGAUAGGAACAAAAAAGUUUUCCAAGGUAUCGAGUUAGAGCCAACGGAAAUAUUGAAUCAAGCGGCGAAUGAUAAAUUAUUGUGGGAGGAGGCCAAAUCUUACUCGGCGCAUUAUCUGGAGUCGCCGCCUUCAAUGGAGGAGAGAGGUCCCUUUCCCCGUUGUCUGGUUGAUGGCUCUUGGAAAUUUACGGUUCCUUUUCAGGGUCUGGGCUUGUGGUGCUGUAGUGGAGAAGAUAUAACGCUUCUUUUGGGAGCACGGAGUCAACGAAGAAGCCUUACUCCCUUACAUGCGGAAUUACAAGCACUGAUCUGGGCUAUGGCUUCCUUACUUGAGGCGGGAGUUGGUUGCCAGACUUUCGAGACGGACUGUGCAGAGUUGGUUGCGAUGGUGCAGACGCCGGACGAUUGGCCCGCUUUCUCGAAUUUGCUGGAGGACUUUGCUUUGCUCCGUACUUCUUACCCUUCCUUCACCCUAGUCAGGAUACCACGAGAGGUCAAUGUAAGGGCGGAUUGUCUUGCUCGAUCUUCAAGAUCUCUAAUCUCUGAAUCAUCUUUUGUAAACUCUUUUCCUCCUGUUUGGUCAACCAAUCUUGGAGUUUUAUUUUAA